AUGGUCUGUAGGGUAGUCGAUGGUACAUUACCGAGAACGAUAACCUUGCCGCCUCGCAUAGGAAAAUUAAUAUCAAAGAUAAUUAAACCAAAACUUGUGAAUAUUAUUGUCAAUUGGAUCGAUAAAAAAGAUGCCAAGAUUUUUCGUAAUGCCAAGGAUUCGCAGUAUAAGUUUAGCUUAAUCUAUCGUGGUAUCGGGGAUCAAAUUAAUGAUCGUACAAUUAAAGAUGAAUGUACUGGUCAUGGACAAGUGGCAAGCUUAGUUUUGAUCAAAGUUCAAGGUUCGCAAAAAAUCUUUGGAGGAUAUAGUCCCAUCGGAUUUAAAUUUCGUCCAAUUUCAUUUAAUGAUAAGAAUUUAUAUGAUCACUGUACAACGGAUAGUUUUAUUUUCUCAUUUGAAAAUGAUGAAGACACUCGGAAUAUGAAAAUUAGUCGGGUGGUAAAUUAUAGGCAUGCUAUAUUAGAACAUUAUUCUACUGGGUUUAAUUUUGGUCAUGGAUCGUUGUGUAUGAGAGAUCGUGAUUUACACGUUAACAAUAAUUACGGUAAUUAUGAGAAUAACUUGAAUACAAAAAUCGUUUAUACUAUUGAAUUAAUUGAAAUUUAUAUUGUGGUUAAACUAUAG